AUGGUGUUAGCUAAAGCAAUCGUUGCACGGGAACCAGCGCCUGAUUUCAAAGUGAAUUGGUCACUGGAAGAAAUCGAGGUCAAUUCGCCGGGCGAGAACGAGGUUCUUGUGCAAAUAGUUGCGUCUGGAAUAUGCCACACCGAUAUAUUGUUAACUUCUGUACCUAGUGGGAGCUUUGGCAUCACCUACCCUAAGGUGGCCGGGCAUGAAGGUUCCGGAAUUGUACGCAGCGUCGGCAAAAGCGUUUCGGAUAUUGAGGUCGGAGACCCAGUUCUGCUAUCUUUCUACUCUUGUUCCUCUUGCUGGCAGUGCAAGAACUCUCAUCCCGCAUACUGCACAUCAUUCGCAGUAGGAAACUACGUUGGUGAACAGAAGUUUGUCUCGGCCCGUGAUAGUGCUGAGCUAUUAGGGUCCGGCUUCUUUGGUCAAUCCAGUUUUGCCCAGUACACUAUUGUGAAAUAUUCCAGCAUUGUGAAAGUCAAGGAGCUUCUCCAUCAUGACAAGGAGCUGAAACUUUUCUCGCCGCUGGGUUGUGGAUUCCAGACGGGAAUGGGUGCCAUUCAGAACAUAAGUAGCGCCAGACCAGAUGACAUAGUCAUGAUCCAGGGCUUAGGUGCUGUGGGCAUGGGCGCUCUUAUGACUGCCAAGAUGCAAAACUACAAAGCAAUCAUCGCUGUCGAUCGAGAUAAAGCGCGUCUCGAGCUGGCUAAGACCCUUGGAGCCUCGCAUGUCCUGGAUACCAGCGACCCCGAGUUUACUACACUUGAUCAAGCAGCUAAAGCGAUCUUCCCUCACGGAGUUUCGAUUGUGAUCGAAACUACAGGCGUCCCAAGUUUGAUCGAGCAAGGACUUCAAUCGACACACACGCGUGGCAAGAUCGUUCUCAUCGGAGUACCACCAUUAGGAUAUAACCUAAGCGUCAAUGUGACAGAGCAUCUCAAUUCCGGUCGUGCGAUACUAGGAUGCAUAGAGGGAGAUUGUGUGCCUCAGAUUGCCAUCCCACAAAUGAUCAAGUGGUACCGCGAAGGCCAAUUUCCAAUCGACAAACUUGUCAAGUAUUUCAAUGCAGCCGAUUACGAGCAGGCAUUGAAAAGCUUGAAAGAUGGGACUGCGAUCAAACCAGUUCUAGUAUGGGCCAGCGGCUAA